UUUUAUAGCGUAUAGCAUUGGGACCAAUCAGAAGGACGGACGGGUUUCACAUCGGCAUUCUUAUUGGUCCAGAGGUUCCUUAGCUAAGCCAUUACCGGAGUAAAGAGACAGCACAAGAACACCGCUCAAGUUAUGGACGCAUCGCCUGGGUAGUUCCUGUGUUAUGUUUGCGUCGCGUCGCUGUGACUGCGCGGACUGAAAUAAAUACGGGUCUUUGGGGAAUAGAAUAUUGUGCGGUGACAAUGGUUUAUUAGCGGUUGGCAAGAUAACCGAAGCAGUGCUGCGUCAUUUUAGCCAGCGUAUGAGCCACGAAGCCCCGGAGCCUCGACAUCAAGAUGAACCUGGCCGGCGUGCUUGGAGCAGUAACCCUGGCCUUCGCUGUCAGUGUCGCCGCCGAUAAAAACAAAUACAUCUUCGUCCCUCCUGUGGAACUCCUGAACCAAAUGACUGACGAAGAGAUCAACGAGCACAUCCGAAAGGCGGUGCCCAUCCCGCCCCUGGCCACGUCCACGUACCACUUGGCAAUGCUCGCUAAAGACGAAGUUGGAGCUGUGGCCAAGCUGCGCGGGCUCGUCCAGGCCAUGUUCAGCGCGCACGAGGUCCUCAGCAGGUACUUGUCGUCUUGGGAGGAGCUCGAGGCCGCGGGCGUGGAGGCAGAAGGAUUCGCGAGCCAUCCCCUGCACGCCUACGCCCUCACCAAGCACGUGAGUCUGGGCUGGCCGCACGUAGAAGCCGUUUUGCAAGCUGUCUCCAACCUUUCGCAGGAUACAGAAUGGCUGUUGUCCCGGAGAGAGAAGCGCGGCGUCCCCACGGGCGAGGACCUGGCCACGGUGGCGGGGGGGCUGGCCAGGCUGCACGACUACUACAGCCUCAACCUCACCGCCCUCGCCCACGCCCAGCUCGUCUCGGCGAUCGACGCCCGUCCAGUCCCCGCCGGGAUAACGCCCUCAGCUCUCGACCUACACCGCAUAGGCUCCGAAGCCGUGUCUCACAACGUCCUCAACUCCGGCGUGGACUUCCUGAGGGCCGCCCUGGACCGCUUGGACGGCAACGCCUCCUUCGUCAAGACCUUGGACACCUUCGACCGCCCCCGGAACCUGCGCCAAACUGACCUGAAGAAAGCCGAAAAGUUUCAUGAUCAAGUCCUCGAGAAGAAGGGAUCGCGAUCGACCUUCCACAGCACUUACGAAAAGCCUUUUAACAAGACGUUGGCCAGGAAGAAGAAAUACCACAAGAAGGACGAGGUUAUUUUGGGGGAACUCGGAAACACUGUCCAGGGCCUGAAGCAAUACCAGCGUCUGUGUCGCGGCGAGGACCUCAGGCCAGUUGACAUAACGUCCCGCCUGUACUGCCGCUACGUGACCAACGGCUCGCCACUCUACAAGAUCGGGCCGCUGCGGAUGGAGGUGCAGUCCCUCGACCCGUACGUAGUGACGCUGGAGGAGGUGGUGACGCCCUCCGAGACCGCCGACCUCGUCGAAGCCAGCGCCCGUUACCUCAUGAGGUCUUCCACCGUCAGAGCGAACGGAGGGUCUGUCGAGAGCUUUAUGAGGACGAGUUCGACGGCUUGGAUGUUGGACAGCGACCUUCCCGUCCUCUCGGAGCUCACUCACCGGAUCGAGCAAAUAGCUGGGAUAAAUGCUCAGCAGAACCGCGGCGCAGAGCUGUACCAGGUUGUAAACUACGGCGUUGGCGGCCAUUAUACUGUACAUCAUGACUUUGUGCAUAGAGGACUGGUUAAUAAUCGUAUUGCAACCUUCCUCAUCUAUCUUAAAGAUGUACCGCAAGGCGGAAGCACCGUCUUCCCAUGGGUAGGCACGAGUGUUCGUCCCAAGCGAGGUUCGGCGCUUCUCUGGUACAACAUGGAUCGUGCAGGGUCGCCUGACCAAAGACUUCAGCACGGAGCUUGUCCCGUCCUUCUGGGCGACAAAUGGGUGAUCAACAAGUGGAUAUUCUACGGAGGCCAACUCCACACAAUCCCCUGCAAUCCCGAGAAAAAAGAUGACGUCAUAAAGCAACCUCAGGCUUGAUUGCGGCUCUCCACCACAUCUCGGCCCAGUGUCACCAUACAACUAUAGAAAAGUGUUAAUAAAUAGAUAUGAAAACACAUACAUUCCUACACACACGUGUGUGUGUCUACGUAAACAUGCAUUAUAUUUUCACAUUUGCAUAUACUACCCUUUUUGGUACUCUCGAUACCCAAUUUGUACAAAUAUGUUACCCGAUUCUUACUAAUACCAUAGGUCUAGCUGACACAUGGUUUGCCAUGUCUAGACUUGGUUGGCAUUGCCAAAAUACAUGCCAGAUGGCUACAUGGCAAUCAGGUGUUUCACUGCUUGCUGGUAAUUAGACACACUCUGAUGAUAUGUUCUGCUUGAUACGGCGCUCUCCCGGGAGGAAAUGCAAUGCAGCCGUCGUAAAUUCGGUACCAUUGCCAGAAAUGGUAACUACUCUGCGUAACGGUUGUUUGGAGAAUUGCCAGUUGAUUUACUGAACACUUACCACUUGUUCAUGGAAAUCUUCCUGUAAUAUAUUAAAUAUGCUCAUUCUUAAGUUGCUUGAAUCAAGUUUGCUUAUCGCAGACCUAACUCUGAAAGACAUUUGAGUGAAAGCCAGAUUUAAAACCUGGAUUUGAAAAAUGUAGGUCUUAUUUGCUGCGAAACACAUUGAAUAUACGCAAUAGUACCGAUUUCCAUGACUAAUUUUGAAUAUUUAUGUACUGAUUAUAUAAAUGCUAAACGUUCAUCUUCAUAUUUAUUUAGGGUUGUGAUAAAGAUGUGAGCGAAAAAGGGUAAUGGCUUUUGUAAUCAUUUUCACGGGUGCUGAGAAUUCAUGACAUUGAAAUAAAUCUUGGUGUUGUCAAA